AACUAGAGCUUAACUAGGAACGAGGCGGGUCACUUGGACGUAUUCGGGAGCCGAAUACGGUGCUUUGGAGCCAAUACCUGGAGCUACAAUGGGGGACGAAGGCGGUGAAGUUCUCAGCAUCCUGAAUGAGGAGGUCGAGGACUGGCGGGAGGAGCAAGGAGUCCGAGAUGGGGAAAUGCACGUCUUCCUCGGAGACUCUAACGGGCCCGGACUGGUGGACGCGGGUCUUGAUGUUUCGCCCCCGGACAUCAUCAUCAACCGCACUGAGUCAGGAAAGAAAUGGACAUCUCUGUCCAUUAUCGUUCGACGAGACAUCAACUGGUGGCAGCUGGCGGCCCAGUCGUUCGGUUGCACGAUGGGAGUGGCUGUCAUCUGGCUGUCAGGUAACGACAGCUACCCGCACCCCAAGCGACCGCUGGAACCGCUUAUCGGCUUGGAUGCGCUGGAGGCCCACAUUCUGCUGGUGUUGCGCACCCUGCGGGAUGUCGCUAGACGCGUAAUAAUCGUGGGCCCCAUCCCGCGUUUCCGCUUCGAUCGCGGGCUCCCGUGGGAGCGCACCCCUGCGUAUCAGGCGGAGCGGCUGAUCGUGAAAAUGUUACAGAGAGAAAAUCUGACUCCGUCCUUCGCGGAAGUGUGCUGCGUGGGACGCUACUUCUCGGUGAGGGUGAGGUCCCGCCGCGUCGUUGGGGACAAAUGUGCCCAACUGUUUGCAGAUGACGGGAUCCACCUCUCGUCGGCGGGCUAUCGGCUCGUCCUGAGCAAGCUGCCCCGGUGGCUGCAGCCGGACGCUGGUGCCUAGACACACACACACAGUGAUACUGAUGUGAACGGACGCGAUAGUGUGCUGGUCGUGAGGUUGUGUUUCGCAUAUGUUGCCGUCUGUUCCGAGGGCGGAACUUUUUGGGGGGAAGGGGGGUAGUGUAAUGGACACUGAAUGGGUGUCAUACUGAAGUUUGGUGAUUGGAGUGCGGCUACGUCCCAUAUAUCCCCGAUAGCCGAGUGGGUAGGGUGUCUGGACGUUUGGCCGGCGUGAUCAGUCGGUGGUUGCCGGUUCGAAUCCGGCCCGGUCCUUUGCUUUUGUACCGUGCGCCGAGUUUGUGUCCGUGCCGCGCUGUGAUUGGUCGUGACAUCUGACCCGAGGUCACGACCGGUGCGUGCCGGCGGUGGCGGUCAGUUUUGUGCGUGGCGGUGGCCGGGUAAGUGCGGGGACUCCUGUGAGGGGGACUGUUUGGGGAGGGCUCCUGUCCCGUCCGCUGACCGGUGCUGCUGCCUGGGUUGCUCCAGAGGUGCUGCCGGGCCCAGCCAUCUUGCCGCUCUGCUGCCCGUGUGCUGUGCGACCUGGGGUAGCGGCUCAGACGUACAUCGCCCGGGCUGUGGGGAGCGAGAUUUGUGCCGCGGGUUGGGUUGUCGGAGGUGCCUCGGGUGUGGUCCGAGAGCCACCGGCGACUGAUUCCGCCGUUCACCGUUCUUGCGUCGGCCGGCCUCGGGUAAUUCCGGGACGUCCGACGUGGGAAAUCCACGGCGGCUCUGUUUGGUGGGAACCAGUGGGUUUGGGGGGACUCGGGUUUAUUCCGGGCCCCGGGUUAAGCGAAGGGACUGUCGGCCUGACUGGCAUUAACGGGGCACAAAUACAGGCACAAAGAGCGACACACUUUU